AUGUCGACUGCAACCAAGAUUCUAACGGCACAAUUCCAUCUGUGCCACUGUAACAUCUGCCGUCACCAACGUGGAACCCUCUGUGUCUUCCAUACCCAGCUUCCGCCUGGUGUAAGGCCAGAUUUCAUAGCAUCAUCGAGCAAGGAAAAUAUAACUCCCUAUAUCCGGCCCGGAUCGCCAGCAAAGAGAUACUUCUGCAGUACAUGCGGUUGCCAAAUUGGCGGUGAAUUUAUCGAAACUGGUGACUGGGUGAUCUCAACGGCCAUCUUCGACGCCAACCGUGAUGAUACGGGGAUCUGGGAUAUCAAAAAGCAUAUACAUACCGAGCCUACGCUGGAUGGGGGGUUAGCGGAGUGGUUACCACGAACCGGGGAGAAGGAGAUGACAGUGUGGAAUCCGCCAGACGACCCAAUCGAUCAUCCGCAAGAGAUUGACGGAAAACUAUUGGCGCAAUGCGACUGCGGAGGUGUAUCAUUCCAAAUCUCCCGCCCAACACAGGAAAUCCUCGACGACCCUGAGAUGAGACGCAAGUGGGUAUCCCCCGUCGAUGAGUCGAAGUGGAUCGCCUGUCUGGAUGCCUGCGAUACGUGCCGACUCACAGACGGGGCUCAUGUGAUGGCCUGGACGUUUAUCCCGAAGAAACUCAUCACGCCGGCGAUUCCGGAUGAUCUCCUCCUCGGUUCAUCCAAAGGCUACGCCUCCAGCAAAGGAGUGCGGAGGACAUUUUGCGGUACUUGCGGCGCGACGGUCUUUUAUGACUGCGAUGGACGGGAGGAGGUGGUGGACGUGGCGAUAGGACUUCUCCGGGCGCCUGAGGGUGCCAAAGCAGAGAACUGGCUGACCUGGAGGACGAAGCGAAUUGGCUUCCCGGAGGAUGGGAUGCGGUAUGAUCCUGUGUUGACUGAGUCGCUUCGACAGGGAUUCGAGGCAUGGGCGAAGCGGAAGCAUGGAGACGUGCUUGACAUCACCAUCGGAUAGAACUGUAAACCGCAGAAGUGGGAGGUGUUUAAUAUUAAGUUGCUGAAUAGAGAGAGAGAGGACUACCACUGGUGGUCGGUCUCCCUGAAGCUUCGUGAUACUUCCACGCUCCUGCUUACCUUCCCCAUUGCCCUUCUCUCUGUACAAGCCCUGACAACUUUCUCGUUGGGAGGUUAAGAAUCAGAGUACUGCUAACCGGUCCACAGCCUGGAUCUGAAAUUUGGGAUUCAUUCUUAUAGUUCGUGAUCGACGACUUGAUACUAAUACAACUAUAUCCUUGCCCCGUUACCUUGAUCGUAGCCCUGGCUUUGAUGCCAUGUUGCAUAUCAUAAAAAAAG